ACCCCCCCGUCCUAUUCCUAUCGGUCAUUUUCACUCAACACCUAUCCAUCCAGCCAGUCAUGCACAAUACCUUUCGUUAAGUGCGUUCAGCCUUAAAUCGCGGGGGCUCAUUACGAGCCAACUCUCGUUCUUCCACCUGCUCCGUCGUUCGAGCGCCAAUUGCUGCGAUACCCGAUGUUCGAAACCUUCGUGGCCGAGCCAUUGGCUGUUGACACUAGAUCUUCUACACUGCCGACCAAGAACAAUACAUUUGCAACCACCGUCGAGUACUCCGAAGAGCAAGUGACCACCCCCACAACAGGCCAGCGGAGCCGUGGCAACAGUUUAUCGUUCCCAACCCGAGAUCCCGCCGCCGAUCAGUCGCUCAACCGACAACCUUCGCCGAUAAAAAUGACGACUGAAGGCCGUUACACUCCCAGCCCCGAACCGCCGCCGGCGCUGUUCGUGCGGGCCAUGUACGAUUAUGACGCCGAUGACCACACCAGUCUCAGCUUCCGACGAGGUGAUAUUAUCCAGGUGUUGAACCAACUAGAAACUGGCUGGUGGGAUGGAGUUAUCAACAACAGCGUGAGGGGCUGGUUUCCCAGCAAUUAUUGUACUGUGAUCACCGAUCUUGGUGAGAUUGAGGAAGAGCAGGUCUCGCAUGGUCGCGACGAGGAGGAGGAGGAGGAGGAGGAGGAUGCUAUUGUGGAUUCUGGCGCGGGAGAGGAUUUUGAAGAGGAACAGGAGGUCGAUGAAGCUGAUUUUGGAGGAAACUCGCGCGAUUCGCAGCCGAUCUUGCCCAUCGAAGGCGCUACAGCGCCCAAGGAGCAGGAGGAGGCCGCUUUCUGGAUCCCGCAAGCCACUCCCGACGGCCGCUUAUUCUACUUCAAUACACUCACCGGCUAUAGCACGAUGGAGCUGCCGUUCGAAAACCCAACGGCCAACGAGACCGGCCCGUACGAUCGGAACACAGUCAUCGUGCCUGACCAAACUCGACCACCGCCGGAACUGAUGGCUCGUGGGUUCGAACGCGAUGAGGACGACUACGAUGGUUCGGCGUCCGAAGCGGAGGGCGAGUCCCUCAUGUUGACCUCUCGCGACUCGAUGUCCCGGAGGCGCCAGUCAUACCUCGAUGGAGUGUCUCCCGCUACAUCUAUGGAUUCUUUGCAUCCACCGUCCGCUACGAAGUCUAUUAGUGACGACAAGCUCUCAUAUCAAGCGAUGCGGUGCGCGCAAAACUUCUACGGAGGCGUCCCGCCAAGUAGUAACAACUCCAUUUCGGAUAACAUCCAUCGCCCUUCGAUCUCCUCGGAAGUUCCCUCACAUUUCGUUGAUGACGGUGCCUCAACAAUUCUGACCUGGCCUUUGCUUGUCGAGAACAUGCGGCAGGCCGUGGAAGCCUAUCGACAGACACUGAUGAACGGCGACCGGUCGGAGUUUGUGCGGAAGGCAGAAGACAUUUCCGACCACCUACGCAUGUUGCUGGCAGCUGGCUCGGACACGACGGACAAUCAUUCGGGCAACCCGUCGAUUAUCUCCACCAACAAAGCCCUCUAUCCCCAUUUCCGAGACAUGAUGUCUAAAUUCUCCAAGUUGGUGCUCUCAUCGCAUAUUGCAGCAGCUGAUUGGCCAGGUCCGGAUUCUGCCAACAAGUGCCUACAAGAGGCAGAUGGUGUGAUGCAGGGUGUCUAUGGGUUUGCCGAGGUCGCAAGGCAGCAGCGCGGCGAUUCUAUCAAUCGGAUUGUCCCAGGGUUUGUUGGUGGAAGCCAUUCGGGCGGCUACUGGCAGAACAACGGUGUGCUACUCAGUGAACCUGGCCCGACUUCAUUUUUGGAUCAGGACGGGGGCGAUAUGCGAGCGGAACCCUCCGUGCCCCUUGACGCAGCCCUGCUAGACAAGAUCGAUAUCCUCAGGAGAAACUUUGUGGGCAGCAUUCGUCGCCUUGAAGAACGUCUGACGCUCAACCAGAAGAAGAUCGUCACCAUUGUCGAGCACGAAAACAUUGGCAACCUGGUUUCAGCUGCUGCUAUCAAGGUUGUCGACCAAUAUCGCCCGUGGAUCUCGGCUGUCGAGUCUAUCAACUUGGCACCCCUCGGAACCGGGUUUCAGAACCCCCAACUCGUCGAUUUCAGUCUGCAGAAACAAAGAGUGUACGACGCAAUUGCCGAUUUUGUUGUGAGCUGUCAAGCAGUUACAGCGCCCCUUGGAGACGAGUGGGCUGAAUUACGCGGCGAUUCCCUUGAAGAUAGGUUGAAUGCGGUUCGCAGCGUUGCGAGACAGCUGGAAAACUUCGUUUCACAGAUUGGGUUCUCGCUAUCGCUUCUUCUCGAGCAGGUCCCUGAGCCCACAACGGUCUUCCGCAGUGAGAGUCGCUUGGGUGGAGAGAUUGAAAGUACGAAGGUUAUUCAUAGCCGCGCAGAAUCUCAAACCAGAAUUGCAACGGAAUCCAUCGGUAUUCCGUCCUCGUACUCGAUUGAGCACUCCACCGAGAAGGUGCGUCGCAAUAUGGACAAGGCACAAAGAUUCUUUGGGCAAGCGCCGCCAGCUGCAAUUCCGCGGGAAUCCGUGCGAGAGCCGGUUCGCGAGCCGGAAGAAACACCUUGGUUCUUGAAGAUGGACCACGAAGGCGAGGUGUUCUUUGAUACCAAGAAUGACGUUCCCACUCUCAAGUGUGGUACUCUUGCCGGCUUGGUGGAGCAAUUGACGCGCCAUGACAAGCUUGAUGCUUCUUUCAACAACACGUUUCUUCUCACCUAUCGUUCGUUCACGACGGCGAAGGAGCUCUUUGAGCUGAUCACACAGAGAUUCAAUAUCCAGCCCCCAUUUGGCCUGAACCCAGAUGAGAUGCAGAUGUGGGUCGACAGGAAACAGAAGCCAAUUCGCUUCCGUGUGGUCAACAUCUUGAAGAGUUGGUUCGAGAACUUCUGGAUGGAGCCGAAUGACGCGGCGCACACGGCUCUGCUUGAGCAUGUCCACUCGUUCACUAAAGACUCCAUUGCAACCACCAAGACACCAGGGUCACCGCAGCUCCUGGCAGCCAUAGAGCAACGACUCAAGGGUCAAGACAAUACGGUCAAGCGCUUGGUUCUCACUCAGGCUACCGCAGCUCCGACACCCAUUAUACCUAAGAAUAUGAAGAAGAUGAAGUUCCUGGAUAUAGAUCCGACCGAGUUUGCCCGACAGCUUACAAUCAUCGAAUCACGUCUUUAUUCUAAGAUUCGGCCUACGGAAUGUUUGAACAAGACAUGGCAGAAGAAGGUCGGACCGGAUGAAGCCGAACCUGCUGCAAACGUGAAGGCCCUCAUUCUUCAUUCCAAUCAGUUGACAAACUGGGUCGCGGAGAUGAUUCUCACUCACUCUGAUGUCAAGAAGCGAGUGGUCGUGAUCAAGCACUUUGUCAACAUCGCCGAUAAAUGUCGCGCACUCAACAAUUACUCCACCUUAACCUCUAUCAUAUCCGCUCUAGGAACGGCGCCGAUUCACCGUCUGGGACGCACAUGGUCUCAAGUCAGUGGACGCACAUAUACUGUGCUUGAGCAAAUGCGUCGCCUGAUGGCGAGCACGAAGAACUUCGGCGAAUAUCGAGAGACAUUGCAUCUGGCAAACCCACCUUGCAUUCCAUUCUUUGGUGUCUACUUAACCGACUUAACCUUCAUCGAAGACGGUAUUCCAUCUCUGACACCAUCCGAGCUGAUCAACUUCAACAAGCGUGCGAAGACGGCAGAAGUGAUCCGCGACAUCCAACAAUAUCAGAAUGUCCCGUACCUUUUGCAGCCGGUCCCGGAGUUGCAGGAUUAUAUUCUCAGUAAUCUGCAAGCGGCGGGCGACGUGCAUAACAUGUACGACCGAAGUCUGGAAGUAGAGCCGAGAGAGAGGGAGGACGAGAAGAUCGCGAGGUAUGCUGCUAACAAUACUCCUAUCGCUCCCACCACUGCACGCGCCAGUCCUACCACAGGAAAUGGCAACAACAACCUCAACACUGCCAGCAUGCGUACUUUGACCUUCGCGAGCAUGGUCGUGUUAACACGAUGAUAAUGUCACCCUGUGUUCUGGCUUCUUUUCCAUUCCCCUGCACUUGUUCCGCUACCCGUGAGGCCAUGACUAC